UUAUUCACAACGAAACGACUCAACUCUAUUAAAUAACAAGUAUAAUGAGUGGUGCAGGACUCAUUAUACGGAGUAUAUGCACAGCGCAUUGGGGUCUCCUGGCUCGAGCGCCACGACGUGCCAAUCCGGGCAUGGGCUAUCAACUUCAGGUGCUGCAACAACAGGGUGCCGAUGCCCGGGAGGAUUAUGCUGACAUGGAAGCGGACUUUAUGUCCGUUAAUCGAACACAUCGUCAGCACGAGGCUGAAUCCAAGCAGAGCCGUGAUCGCGUGCGCCAGUUCAUGAUCAAGCACAAAUACUUUCGGGAUGCCAAAUUGCCAAACUUGCUGCUGUACGCGGAGAAGGAGCAAAUGCGCCUGCUACAUGAACGCGAUGCCGAUGAAUGGACCAUUGAGAGAUUGGCUGAGAGUUUUCCGGCCACACCGGACAUUGUGCAGAAGGUGUUGCGUUCCAAGUGGCGGCCACAGAGUGUUGAACGCAUCCGUUCUCACGAUGCCAGCGUUAUGCGCAACUGGACGCAGCUGCAGGCUGGCAAAUUUUCGGAUAUAUCGCCGGAGAUGUUGCAGCACCUGCAAAAGUUCGCCCAGCGUCAGUCCCAGGAUCUCCAGCAGUUGAAGCCAGAGAAAUGGCCGACGCGACCGGAGCUACCAGUGCCUCAAAGAAAUGAGUUUCGCGCUUUGCUUGGCACCUCUUCCAACAAGCAACUGGCGAUAGGAAUGCCCGCACAGCGGCCAGAGAGACAACUACCACAGCCGGUGGGGGAUGAGGAAACCUAUUUGCUGGACAAAGUGAAAAACAAGCGAAAAAUGCGUUUGCAGGAGCUGAAGGAGUUGCAACUGGUGCCGGAGCAAAACCAAGAGCUGGAAAGGCCAUUGCCCAAUCCCGGUGGCACUGGAGUGCUGCCCAGUUUUGUGCAGAAAUUCGAGCGUACUGAAAUCGUGGUGAGUGCAGCUGAUCAGCGGAAAUAUGAGAUGACCAAGGUGAAGGAUCGUAUAGUUAUCCCGCGCAAAUUGUACCGCACCGGAGCCACCUAUAAAGUGGAGGACGCUUAUUACGAUGACGACGGGGAGUUUCUGUAUCGCGUGCCGGGUAUGACAGGCACGGAUAGAUAGUGAAACGGUCAGGUUAAUUUAAAUUAUCAAUAUUUUAUUAUACAAAAUAUUAAAAUAUAUGUUUUGAUUUGUUA